AUGACAUUAACGAUGAAGAAGAUCGAUGAAGAUGAUUAUGGCCCUAAUGUUAACAAUCAUCAACAAGAUGAUGAUAAUGGUGGCAACGUACAGGAAGAUAAUAUUGAUGGUGACAUCAAGCUGGAUGGUAAUUAUGACGAAGACAACGACGACAUCAGCAUUGACUAUGAAUUAUAUGAAUUAGAAAACCUAGACGUGGAAGAGGAAGUUCUUCAAAAUAACUUUGAAUCUGACAUCCAUAAAGCUGUUUUCUCCAUGGAUCCUGAUUUACAUCCAAAUAGUUAUCGUGUAGAAUUACCAAAAGGAGGAGAAUUAGUGAUGGUUUACAGGUUUCUGGACGAUGUAUUUAUGAUAGAAGGAUUUCAUGCACUGAAACUUCAAGUUAAGCUAAACAAGUCCAAGUGGUUUACGACAUCAACUCUCGGUAAUGUUGCCUUCUUCUUGGGAGAUAAUUAUUCAACUUCAGUUUGCACUAGUGAUUAUAUGGGAUGCCAUCCAGAUUGCAUUUACUUUACUGAUGAUUAUGUGGGUUUCUACAUGGUGGUCACACCCUAUGCCAUUCAUGGUGGAGGAGGGCCUUCUGAUAAUGGUUUCUUCAACUUAAAAGAGAAAGCUUUUGGGAAACAUUAUAAGCUCCAUCCUUCUCAUCAACAUAUGCCGCCGCCAAUUUGGAUUGUACCAAAAUUCAAAUACUGA